AUGAUUUUAAACAUGCCCGUUAAUAACGGUGCAAUUAACUCCCCCGUGUCUCAAGGCCAAAAUGAAUAUACAAAUUUCCUUAAGCGCAAAUAUUCGGAGCAGGAACUUGAUUCCAACCAAACGCCCAUAUCAAACACAGACUUCGAGUCCAAUAACUCGCACUGCAACAACAACUGGAAGAAACGUCAUAUAGAUCAAGAAGAAACCACAAAUUAUAACGGGCAACUAAACACAUAUGCCCAACAAACCUAUAAACCCCGCGAAGAGAAUAAUUUAACACAUCAACAGCAGCCUCAACCCAAUAAUGAAAAUCAGGAUACAAAUUCGGGAACUUUCAACAUUAUAGCAAAUAGUUCUUUCAUCAAUGAUCUAUUUGCCUACGAUGCCAAUUUAAUAGUGCCAGUUUCUGCUCACAGUUUAAGUGACAGUCAACAGGCCAACUUUAGCACACCCUCUACCGUGUGUGCCAAUACCCAUGUGGACUAUGAUAAUAAUGGGGAACAUUGGCAGGCCUCCGAUUUAUUGGAACUAGAUCAUCGUUAUAACUCUAGUUUGCAAACGGAAAUUUCCCAAUUAAAUCCCACGAUCAAUCUGAAAAAUCAAGCAGAGGUCAGCUCCCUAGCAGUAAACUCAAAUCCAACUUCAGAUUUACAGCAAACCCAGUAUUUUGUUUCCCCUAAACCCAUAACUAUGCAAAAUUCCUCCAUAACCACUCCCAAACAGUUAACAGUAACUACUCCAGCAUCUUCAUCCUCACCCAACUCUUCCCACAACUUUACCAAUGAUCAUCUAGAACAGGAUUGUGAUUUUGAGGAUAAAAAUCUUUCUUGGCUGUUGAAUUUCAAAUUCGAUGAGUUUCCUCAUCUUAAUCCAGAUGUGGCUAAUCUAAAUUCAAAUGCUAAGAAUUUUAAAUCCCAAGCAAACUCGGAUUGUAGUAAUAUAAAUAAUAACUCUAACACAUACUCGUUGACAAACUCAACAGUUUUGUCAUCUGGUUCAGGGGGAAAUACUAGUCAUGGAUCGUUAAAUGGUUCCUUAUUGAAUGACGCCUCCAAGUCCCCCAAGCAGGCAAAUAAAACGGGUAAAAAAUUUGAGGAAUUGGUGAUGGAGGUUACAUCGGAAUUGGAUGGCAAUGAUAUGAUUGUGGCGGAAAAUGUUGUAAUUGAGGAAUCGUCUCAUAGAGCGCCUAAAAAACCACCAUUUACCUACACGGAGCUGAUUGAAUACGCCCUUGAGGAUAAGGGUGAACUAACAGUGUCCGGCAUUUAUCAAUGGAUAUCUGAUCGUUUCCCCUAUUAUAAAUCGAACGAUGAUCGCUGGAAAAACUCCGUCAGACACAAUCUUUCCAUAAAUCCUCAUUUUCGCAAGGGACACAAAGCGCCACAAGGUGCUGGUCAUCUGUGGACAAUAUCAAGUGGAGAUUCAGCAGAAAAUGUUUUAGCCUGGGAGCAUAAAAAACAACGUUUAGAUUUAUUUUUCAAAAUGGAAUCAAUAAACCGCGAACGUUUGCAACAGCAUCAUCAGAAGCAGCAACAAGAACGCUUGCUACAAAAUGGUGGCGGUGGUGGUGGCCAACAUAAACAUGUAGGCUGUCAACAGGAUCAAUGUUUAUACGAUGAGGCAGCGGUGGCAGCAGCCGCCAUACAACAGGAAAUGCUGCAACAAUCUCAGACAAAUAAUAACGAUGGCUCUAUACAAAAUCAGAAUUCAGCUCAUGAGAUGGAUGCAUCAGGGGGAGGUCAUGUUAUGACUGAAUUGCCCUACAAUGAUCUCUUAACCGAUGAGGAAUUGAGGAAAACGGCUGGACAAAUUUUGAAUGGUAUACACAGAGAGGUGGAGGUGCAGUCAGUGAAUCAGACAAUAAUUGGUACCUAUCAGGAUGUUUUGCUGGAUAAUAAUUAUCUCAAUCCCAUACACAAAGAUGUUGUGGUAAAUGAAAGCGGUUUGCGACAUUCCUCCCAUUCCAUCACUUCCACCCCACACUGCCAUAGCAAUCAUUCAGCCUCGGGACCCUAUUAUGUCACCGAAAUUGAUCCCAUGGAAUUGGGCAUACAAAUAACCAAUCAUCAUCAGCAACACCAUCAUCAUCAUCAUGCCCAUCAUCCUAAUAGCGAUCCUUCAUCCUCAGUGUCCAAAGAAUCGGAUGUGGUUUUGUUCAAUGAUGAAUUCAAUUUAAAUUAUUUCUCUUAUAAUUCAACACAUGAUAUUGUUGCUUGACCCAAAGAUCAACAAGCUCAGUCUCAGCAACAACAACAACAACCACCACCACCAUCACCUCUUAUCAUAAUGGUUCCACCUAGUUCAUAAAAUCAUUAAAUUCAUUAAUCCUAACUAGUCAUUUCUUUUGUAAUCCUUCAUAAUAAUAAGCUAUUUUAAAUGCUGUAAGUUUAAUUCGCUUAAAUAUUCGUUCUCUAGAUAAUUUUGCCUGGUCCUUCCUGCGC